AUGGCCCCUCAAUCCAUCGACACUAAUGCUGAGGCGAUCUCCCUUUGGAGGAAGCGUUUCGACAAGCGACAUCCAUCAACAAACCCCGUGAUUGCCAUCCUUGAUAUCGAGUACAACGAGCUCGUCUUGUCUUGGAAGAAGUUCCAGGAGACUCUCGCCCCAUCGGAUCUUGUCCAAUUUCAGGAACGCGCCCAGGGACCUGAGGAUGUCUUGAGUCUGGUGAGCAGCAUCGAGCCGGUCUGGACGUCUAGCUCGAGGCAGCGAGUGGUCCGUGACCAGUGCACCGAGCUGAGAUCCACCCUUCACGCCCACAGCAUCCUUUUGAGUGCCCUGCCAAAAAAUGAAGCAUACUUGUCUCUCUUCUACAGUGUCCUUCAGUCAACGCUCAAGGCAUCUGCGAACUAUCCAAGGAUCAUGGAAGGAUAUAUCAAAUCACUCGUCAUGAUCAACAGGUCCUCUUGCCUGGCCAUCACAACAGAUCUAUCGUCCUGCUCAAAAGACACAAUUCACUCGAUCGCGCAUUUCUACACACUAUUCUUCUUCUUCCUAGGCGAAUUUAUGGACUGGUUUGUACGCCAAUCCAAAUGUCGACUACUAAAGAGUCCCAACCACAACGUGUAUCAUACAUUCCGAGAUCUUGUCGGCCACCUGCGGCACAGCGUCAAAGUAAUUAUGAGAGGAAUGGCGGAUAUAAUGGACGUCGAUGAGUACGACAGUGAUGCUGAGGAUAUUACCGACACGACCUGCAACAGGGAGUUAUGUCUGUUCGAACAAGCCCGGUUGGACCAGAUUGGUUUACAGCGGAGGGAUCGCCGCCACAAAGCGGAGAACGCUUUCAUUCGUCAUUUGGUCUGGGAAAUUGCGCAGGAUGCGGUGAAGCGCGCAAGGCUCUUGAGGGAGAGAGAUGCCUUGCUUGCGCAUCUGCUCGAUACCGUGGGCCACCAGAUCCGUCCGGUGAGCCAGCAGAAUACUGGCAUUGCUUGCCUAACGACAACAGCUUCUAGGGACAUAGGUAGGGUAACGAAGGUGUACAUGAAGAAUCAAACAGCUUGGUAUGCUGACCGUAUCACCUUGCAAGACAUGGAUAGAUUUACAUCGAGCGAAGGGGGUCAGAAGCACAAGUAUACGCGUGCGGAAUUGCAGCUGGCUUCUAGUCACCUAGAAAACUUUUUCGAUGCAGACGAUCAGACGCCCGAGCUGGACCCUGAUGUGGAGGUGAUCGCAGAAGAGAAUGUCAUGACAUCUUUGCAACAGUGGGCGACCGAUGCAUAUUCCCAGGUGCUUGCCGUGGGCGGAUCGCCCACCACGGCUUUCCCUAGCCCCGUCCUUCUCAUCUCGACGUGCUACGCCAGCCUGGCACGAAAGGCCCGCUUACCGGUCAUCUCCCACUUCUGUACCCGGUCCACCAACGGAACCGACGAAUUGACGUACGAGCAACAGUUGAUUGCCCUGGCCUACAGCUUGAUCCGGCAGUUGAUAGAGUUCUUGCCUCCGGUGAUCAUCAGUCACUCGGGGUGUAACCUGAGUGCAGAACGGUUCAAGCCGUUGAAUGGCACGUUGACUUCGUGGAAAGAAGUGCUCUCCUUGAUCGAUAUACUCCUCUAUCAUGCCCCACCCCUAAUGGUGUGUGUGAUCCAUGGUCUAGAUGCUAUUCAAGAUGCGUCCACUGACCAGUACAUACGCUCUCUGGUCCGCAUCCUUCUGACACACACGAGACACCAGACCGCCACCAUGGAAGGGGGCCUUGAGACCCAGAGCGUUCUGCUCAAGAUACUGUUCACUGUCGCUGGACGACCGAGCUCGCUGGUGGAGACGCUGUCGGAGAGCCAGCUGAUACUGCGCGAGUCGAACCAGACGGAGGAGCUGACGACGACCGACUCUGCACUAAGCCCCGAUGUUGGGGUCGUCAUGAUGAAUGCAUAA